AUGGGUGACAAGGAAGAACCGCAGCUGUAUAGAAAACGUUAUAAAGUUGAUAAAAAACUUGGUGCUGGAAAUUUUGGUACAGCUUAUCUUGUCACUGAUCUUAAAGUCAAAAAUGACCCAAAAGUACUGAAAGUUGUUCGAUUAGGUGAAAUGGAUAGUGAACAAGCAGUUGAUUCUGUUCGUGAAGCUGAACUUUUAGCAAAAUUAGAUAAUGAACAUAUUGUUAAAUUUCAUGAAAGUUUUGUUGAAAAUGAUUGUCUAUGUAUUGUAACAGAAUUUUGUGAAGGUGGUGAUCUUGAUCAACGUUUAAAAGAAUUAAAAAAACAAAAACGUACAUUAGAAGAAGAUCAAGUUAUUGAAUGGUUAAUACAAAUUUUAAUUGCUGUACAAUAUAUGCAUAAAUCAAGAAUAUUACAUCGAGAUUUAAAAGCAAGAAAUAUUUUUCUUAAAUCUAAUAAAAUUAAAAUUGGAGAUUUUGGUAUAAGUAGAAUACUAGUUGGUACCAUGGAUGUUGCUACAACAUUUACUGGAACGCCAUAUUAUAUGUCACCUGAAGUUAUGAAACAUGAUGGAUAUGAAGCAAAAUCAGAUAUUUGGUCUGUUGCUUGUUUAUUAUAUGAAAUGUGUACUAAUGAACAUGCCUUCGAUGGUAAAGGCCUUAUGAAUGUUAUAUAUAAAGUUGUUGAAGGAAAACCUCCUGAACUUCCAAAAACAUAUUCCAAAGAACUCAAUGAUGUAUGCAAAAAGUAA